GUGUCCCGGUUGGGGAGAAGGUUACUGCGUCCUCAACGACGUUGGCAUUUCGCUCCAAACCCUGCGUUCGAGCGGCUUGUUACCACGUGGAGCAGCAGUCGUAGACCUAGAUGUCCAUCAAGGGAAUGGCACAGCAUGUUUUUUUCCGCCAAGCUAUGACGUGGUGCUUGUACACCAAGGAACUGCAAGACCUGACCAGGUCGUUCGAACUGCAACUGACCAGGUGGAGCUCGUUCGAUCGCAUGAGCGUGUGGUGUGGAAUUACGAACGCGAGAGGUUCCGGGUGAUAACGGAUCCUGAAGUAUUACGAUUUCUACAUCAAGUGAAAAAUGAAGCCCAUAAUUUUGGUGAUAUUAAACAAAGUACAACUAGAGAAGUAGACACGGGCAGCACGGCUACAACUGCGGGUCGCGUAGUUUUGGACCAUUUGUAUAGGCGCAAAAAGUUCUCGUUUGAGGGAGAAGAGCAAUACUUGAUGGAAGAAGACUCCGAAUCGGAUUACAUUGACAAUGAAACCACUUGGGUCGAGGAGUAUAUCGCCGUACAUCCGCAUCCCUAUGUCAAAACAAUUUCCUUGCAUGAGGAAGACAAUUUUCCUCAUUUUCGAUGCGCGUCGUCUCUAGACGUGGGGUUACCAACAGGCAUGGGGGACGACGAGUAUCUCCCCGAAUUAUCCAAGGCUUUGACAGAGUUGCAGAAAAUGGGAGAGAUGAACGUGGUCCUCUGCGACACCUCAUCUGGGAAGAACUCGUUUGAAUCUACUGCUAAGCCAACGACCAGCACGCUGUUGAAUUUUGACUUGUUGAUAUACGUCGCUGGAGCAGAUGCAUAUGAGGGAGACACGCUUGGGGGACUGAAGAUUUCGAAGGAAGGACUCAGACGUAGGGACAAGAUGGUCUUUGAGUUUUCAAAGAAACAUGAACUUCCUUGUUGUGUAGUACUGGCAGGAGGCUAUGCGGAAGACGUGAACGACGUGGCUGACAUACACUUCGGGACUUUCUUAGAGAUGUGUGGUGUUGCGGCUUCAUGAUCUUGUGACCAGUUUAGUUUCAUUAUCUUGC